AUGAGGCCGCGCUCGGGCGGGCGCCCAGGGGCCCCGGGCCGCCGCCGCCGCCGCCUCCUCCGCCGCCGCCCCCGCGGCCCCCGCGGCCCCCGCCUGCCGCCGCCGCCGCCGCUGCCGCUGCUGCUCGGGCUGCUGCUGGCGGCCGCGGGGCCCGGCGCGGCGCGGGCCAAGGAGACGGCGUUCGUGGAGGUGGUGCUGUUUGAGUCGAGCCCGAGCGGCGACUACACCACCUACACCACCGGCCUCACGGGCCGCUUCUCGCGGGCCGGGGCCACGCUCAGCGCGGAGGGCGAGAUCGUGCAGAUGCACCCACUGGGCCUGUGUAAUAACAAUGACGAAGAGGAUUUAUACGAAUACGGCUGGGUGGGAGUGGUGAAGCUGGAACAGCCCGAAUUGGACCCGAAACCAUGCCUCACUGUCCUGGGCAAGGCCAAGCGCGCCGUGCAGCGGGGAGCCACCGCCGUCAUCUUCGAUGUGUCUGAAAACCCCGAGGCUAUCGACCAGCUAAACCAGGGCCAGGAAGACCCGCUCAAGAGGCCAGUGGUGUACGUGAAGGGCGCGGACGCCAUCAAGCUGAUGAACAUCGUCAACAAGCAGAAAGUGGCUCGCGCGCGGAUCCAGCACCGGCCCCCUCGACAACCCACGGAGUACUUCGACAUGGGCAUUUUCCUGGCUUUCUUUGUCGUGGUCUCCCUGGUCUGCCUCAUCCUUCUGGUCAAGAUCAAGCUGAAGCAGCGCCGCAGUCAGAACUCCAUGAACAGGCUGGCCGUGCAGGCGCUGGAGAAGAUGGAGACCAGGAAGUUCAACUCCAAGAGCAAGGGGCGCCGGGAGGGCAGCUGCGGAGCCCUGGACACGCUCAGCAGCAGCUCCACGUCCGACUGCGCCAUCUGCCUGGAGAAGUACAUCGACGGAGAGGAGCUGCGGGUCAUCCCCUGCACGCACCGCUUUCACCGGAAGUGCGUGGACCCCUGGCUGCUGCAGCACCACACCUGCCCCCACUGUCGGCACAACAUCAUAGAGCAAAAGGGAAACCCGAGCGCCGUGUGCGUGGAGACGGGCAGCCUCGCCCGCAGCCGGCAGCAGCGGGUGAUCCUGCCGGUGCACUACCCCGGCCGCGUGCACAGGACCAACGCCAUCCCGGCCUACCCCACGAGGACGAGCAUGGACUCGCACGGGAACCCCGUCACCCUGCUGACCGUGGACCGGCGCGGCGAGCAGGGCCUCUACCCGCCCCAGGCGCCCGCCUACAUCCGCGGCUACCCGCCCCUCCCCCAGGACCAUCCGCUGGCCCCGCACCGCUGCGGCCUGGAGCUCCGCGCCUACUCCCCGGCCCACCCCUUCCGCCGGCCCAAGUUCAGCGGCCGCAGCUUCUCCAAGGCAGCUUGCUUCUCCCAGUACGAGACCAUGUAUCAGCACUGCUACUUCCAGGGCCUCAGCUACCCCGAGCAGCAGGAGGGCCCGGCCCCGCCCGGCCUGGUCCCCCGGGGCCCGGCCCGUGCCUUCGCCCCGGGCGGCGGCGGCGGCGGCGGCGGCCUGCGCUUCCCCCCGGUGGUGCACAUGGCGCCGGCCGCCCACCUGGACAGCGGGAGCGCGUCCAGCUUCAGCUGCUGCCGCGGCCACCGCUCCGUGUGCAGCGGCUACCUGGCCGACUGCCCGGGCAGCGACAGCAGCAGCAGCAGCAGCAGCAGCUCCUCCGGCCAGUGCCACUGCUCCUCCAGCGACUCGGUGGUGGACUGCACCGAGGUCAGCAACCAGGGCGUGUACGGGAGCUGCUCCACCUUCCGCAGCUCGCUCAGCAGCGACUACGACCCCUUCAUCUACCGCAGCCGGAGCCCCUGCCGCGCCGGCGAGCUGGGGGGCGCGGGCGGCUCGGGCCGGGGGCCCUUCGUGCACCUCGAGGGCUCCCCGCCGCCCGAGGAGCUCCCGGCGGCGGCGGCGGCGGCCCACGGUCACGGUCACGGUCACGGUCACGGCGCCGGGCGGGGGGAGCCCUGGCCCGGCCCCGCCUCUCCCUCCGGGGACCAGCUGUCCACCUGCAGCCUGGACAUGAACUACAGCAGCAGCUCCUCCCUGGAGCACAGGGGGCCCAACAGCUCUACCUCAGACGUGGGGCUCGAGGCCUCUGGGGCCGCCCCGGACCCCAGGAGGACCUGGACGGGGAGCCGCGAGGGGCCGCCGUGCGCCUGCUGCUGCGAGCCCCAGCCCUCGGCGCCCGAGCCCGGCGGGGGAGCGGCCGCGGGCAGCACCUUGCUCCUGGGCGCCCCCCCCUGGGAGGGCCGUGGCCCCGCAGGCCUCCGCCCGGACCGCCUGCCCAGGACAGACGGGGUGACCGCGGAGGGCCUGCCCUGCUGCUUCUAUGAAGAGAAGCAGGUGGCCCGCGGCGGCGGCGGCGGCGGCGGCGGCGGCUGCUACCCCGAGGACUGCUCGGUGAGCGUGCAGUACGCGCUCGCCCAGGAGCCCCCGCCCAGCUGCCCCCCGGGGGCCCGGGACCUGAGCCAGCGCAUCCCCAUCAUUCCAGAGGAUGUGGACUGUGACCUGGGCCCGCCCUCGGACUGCACAGGGACCCGCGGCCUCAGCCCCUGGGGCGGGACGCCGGGCCCCAGCCCCCCGCCGCCCCACCGGAGCCCGGGGGCGGCCCGGGCCCCGCCGCCCCCCGUCCGCCCCCCGGAGGAGGCGGGGGCCGCCAGGGCCGGCUUCCCCAGCGCCUCCCCGGACACUCAGGAGCCCAGCGCCACGGCCGCUGAGGCUGCAGGACAGAGAUCUCGGCCCGCAGACAGCGGCAGCACAGGCGCCUGA